GCGUGCGGAAGGCCGGAGGGCAGGAAGUCGGGCUUCUGCAGCGAGGGUGGCGCGACCGCGCCGGGACCGAACCUUCCUUAUUUAUGUGUCAGCCAGCGCUCGCCUUCUUCCUCCGAACACUUCAGGGAGAGCUCCGAGCUGCCAACCCCGCGUGUGAGGCACAGAAGCUCCGGCUGUCAGAACAACAUGAUUAUGCAUUAAACUACAAACUUUUCUUUUUUUAACUCAAAGAAUAUCGGUGAUUUUUGUCCACUGCUAGAAGAGAGAGCCCAGGGCUCUGGAAAUGCAGCAAAAUCCUUAUUUAUAAACAGGCCGCGGUAGUGAUAUGCAACCCCCCUCUACUCUGUGAGUUUUCUAUCCUAUGGAUAUUGGUCUUGAGAUUUGAGAUUGGAGAGCAGGCUGUCUGCGUUGGGUCUGCAGCCUCCACCCUUUCAAUGCUCGGUUUCCACUGGGACUGCUGGCCUUGCCUGGAGAUCAGAGCGGUCCUGUGUGCCAUGGGCUGUAUUCAGAGCAUUGGCGGCAAAGCCAGAGUCUUCCGGGAAGGGAUCACAGUGGUAGAUGUGAAAGCCUCUAUCGACCCCAUCCCCACCAGCAUCGACGAGUCCUCCAGCGUGGUGCUCCGCUACCGGACACCCCACUUCCGGGCCUCGGCUCAGGUGGUCAUGCCACCCAUCCCCAAGAAGGAGACGUGGAUUGUUGGCUGGAUUCAGGCGUGCAGCCACAUGGAGUUUUACAACCAAUACGGCGAGCAGGGGAUGUCCAGCUGGGAACUCCCCGACCUCCAAGAGGGCAAGAUCCAGGCCAUCAGUGACUCGGACGGGGUAAACUACCCCUGGUAUGGCAACACCACGGAGACGUGCACCAUUGUGGGCCCCACCAAGAAAGACUCCAAGUUCAUCAUCAGCAUGAAUGACAACUUUUAUCCUAGUGUCACGUGGGCCGUGCCAGUCAGCGAGAGUAACGUGGCCAAACUGACCAACAUCUACCGGGACCAGAGCUUCAUCACAUGGCUGGUGGCCACCAACACCUCGACCAAUGACAUGAUCGUGCUACAGACACUGCACUGGCGCAUGCAACUCAGCAUCGACGUGAACCCCCACCGGCCCCUGGGCCAGCGUGCCCGACUGCGGGAGCCCAUCACCCAGGACCAGCCCAAAAUCCUCAGCAAGAACGAGCCCAUCCCGCCCAGCGCCCUGGUCAAGCCCAAUGCCAAUGACGCCCAGGUCCUCAUGUGGCGGCCCAAGUACGGGCAGCCGCUGGUGGUGAUCCCACCCAAACAUCGGUAACGUCCAGGGCAACCCGCUAGAUUAGACUCAAAUAAUAAUACUGCUCA